AUGCCGACCAAGUCUGAUACUUCAAGCAGCUCGGAAGCCCAAAAGAUGACACCGUGCUUGUUCUUUGCAGCUGGGAAGUGCCGUAACGGCAGUAGCUGCAAGUUCUUUCACGCACCGCGUGAGGAUCUGGCCGUGAGUCCACUGCCCUGCAAGUUUUUCCUUCAAGGCGCGUGCAAAGCGGGACGCAAGUGCAAGUUUUCUCACUCAGCUAAGGCACAGGCAGCAGCAAUACGAGUGAGUUCUAGUACUGGUGAAAAGACGAUUGCGCCGGGCUUUUACGGCAUUCCAUGCAAGUUUUUCAAGUAUGGCGACUGCUCCAAUGGAAGUAAAUGUCCAUACGUACACGUAGAGAAGAAGGAGACACAAGAGAGCCAGCACGAUAGCAAAGUGGAAGCCGAGACGGAGGAAUCGUCCACACUUGAUAAAUUUUCAGAUGAAGAAGAGAAGAUGAAGAGUCCAGUAGCUGAAGCAUCGCGUGAGAAAGAGCAGGAGGUCGAGAAGAAUGAUAUGACAGAUUUCAUUUCAAAGGAGGAAGAGUUGUAUUACUACGGAGCACCUGGAGAGUUCGAAAACGUGGAGACUGAGUCUGUACCACCCAUGCCGAAAGAGUCUUACGUGGAAGUUGCGAAGAAGAAUGUGACGAACAGACCGCAUGCAUUUGAUGAAGAGUGUCCUGCGCCGCCCAAAAUCUGCACAUUCUAUUUGCAAGGAACGUGUGUAUAUGGCGACACGUGCUUCUAUGCGCAUUCCCUACCCGAGUGUGUUGCAAGCGAGGAGGAAAAGCUCGCAAUGGACGAGGAGGUUCGUCUUUCGCAAGAUCUGGAAUGCGGCAUUUGCUACGAGAAUGUGAUUGGCAAAGGCGAGCGUUUUGGAUUGCUAUCUGGAUGCAACCACUCUUUUUGUCUCACAUGCUUGCGAAACUGGAGAGGUACUGCUGAUCAGCCAAAGCAAACAGUACGCCAGUGUCCAGUAUGCCGUGUGGAGACGAGUUUUAUCAUCCCGUCUAGUCGGAUGGUCACCAAUUCGGAGCGUAAGAAAGUCCUUAUCGACGUGUACCGAAAAAACCUGUCGGCUAUUCCGUGCCGCCACUUCGACGAAGGAAGAGGAACAUGUCCUUUUGGCACCAGUUGCUUCUACGCACACCGUUUUCCGGACGGCACCUUGGAAUCACGCCAAGUGCGGGUUGCCGUCGACGCUGAUGGCCAGUAUGAUGUCCUUCGUCAAGUCCGUCUCGAGCACUAUUUUCAACAAAGUGCGAUCAGCGGCGAAUGA